UUAAGAGAGAAAAAUGAAGGGAAAAAGAGAAAAAUUAAGAGAGAAAAAUGAAGGGAAAAAGAGAAAAAUUAAGAGAGAAAAAUUAAGGGAGAAAGAUUAAUGGAAAAAGAGAAAAGAUUAAUGGAGGAAGAUUAAAGGAGAAAGAAAGAAAAUAUUAAAGGAGAAAAGAGAAAUAUUUAGAGAGAAAGAGAAAAAGAUUAAGGCGAAAAGAAAAAAAGAUUAAGGCGAAAAGAGAAAAAGAUUAAGGCGAAAAGAGAAAAAGAUUAAGGCGAAAAGAGAAAAAGAUUAAGGGAGAAAGAGAGCAAGGUUAAGGAAGAAUGAGAGACAGAUUAAGACCACGAGGUUGAAGAAAUAGGAAAGUAAAAAAAGAAAAAUUUAAGAGAAGGUAAAAAUUUUGUUCCAAUAUCGGAUGAGUAUUUCUAUUACAACAUUGUCUCUUCCAGCGACUCAGGUUUUGCUGACCACCUGACCUGACCGGAUGACCUACUCCACCCAGCAUGCCUCAAUCUCUAGUCUUGACUCACAGGCGAGUGGACAUCUUCAACAACACCAACAUUGAGGUGAGAAACAACAGCCGAGGUAGCUACGAGGACGACUGCAACAGCCUGUACAGCGACUGCGGAGAGGACAACAAGAUGUAUGGGGAGACUAGCCCACGUGAUCAAGCGCGGACCAAUGGGAGCCCAGUCUCUACGUCCCCCAUGUCACGGAAGCAAGCCAUUCUUCAGCGCCAGAGUUUAGAGAAAUACCAAAACGUUUCGGACGGCGAAAGUGACAGCGGGUCAUCCACGUCAGCGGAAGCACGACACGAGAUGGCCCCUGAACUAGAAUACAGCUGGGAAUGCCCUUCCGGUCUGUCACUUCUUCUGGAGCUGAUGACCCAGAGUCCUCAAAGACUUUCUAGCCGCGACGUCGUGGAAGUAGGAAGUGAGGUCAAGGCCACAGAGAAACACAGAAGCAGAAGUGACAUGGAAUGUGUUUCUAUCGAUGGCAUGAGGGAAAGAUACGGCGUAUACUCCAGGCAGGGGGAAGUCAGUGAAAUGAACACCCCUCUUGCAAAUCAUGAGAAAUACGUGAGUGCAGGUGAAAGACAAUACGCUCAUUUCGAAGACAAUGUUGACAGAAGAAGCAGCUUCAACUACAGCCCAUAUCCACCUCACUGCGAGCAACAAAAUAGUCCCACUCAAGUACCCAUUGAAUCAACAGCGUAUGAAUACGAAGAGCAUGAACAUGGACAGAAAUUUUACUUGGCGCAGCGUAAGAUAAGCUUUGACGCGGGGCGGUACGACAACGGCAAGCCUGUAGUUCAGAGGCCAAACUCUCCCAUCGAAGAGCCCAUCGACUACUCCCAGUUGUCUUCGAGGCGUAGAGAGGUCAAAGUUGAAAUGCCAGACACAAAGCAGGAGCCUCAAGAUUUAUCACUACGUUCACCUGACGAGGAUUGCAGCGGGAGAUACGGUAAUGUUACGUCACGUUUGACCGAGAAAGCUCCUCCAGUACUGGUUCCAAAGUACGAGUUUAUUCUCUCCCCUAAGAUGGAUAACAAUGGUAAUCUUAUUCUCACUCAGCCUCAGUCGAACACCAAGUCAGAGUUGAUUGGACAAGACUAUUUAAAAAGGAAAUCCAGUGAUGCUGCGCAGGACUCAAGCACCGCAAAGUAUUCGUACGAUUUGAAACACGAGACAGUUGCUCCGCAGAGAUCCCCAACAACCAAGUCGACUUCAGAGCACAAAUAUGAGACAUUUCCUGUGUCCAAGCAUAACAAUGUUAGUCAGAAUUCGCCAUACGCUGAGGAGAAAACAGAAGUGCCCUAUCAUCCCAAACUGAAAUACCUGGUGGCAGCAACGCAGUAUGCCAAAGCCAAGGCUAAGCAAGAAGAGGAGGCUGAGCUCGAAGCGAAACAGAAAUCCUGCAGUCAGCCCAGCGCUCUCUUUUCACAAGAUCGCUCAUUACAAGAAGAGAUGUCUGCUGAAGUCCCCGAAGAGGAGAGAAUGACACUAGUCAGUCCGCAGUCAGUUCCGACAAGUGACUACUUCCAACACAACAGCAUUCACAGCACAAAUGUGUUCAUAUUAAAUACGGGAUCAUCCAUCAUAGCCAGCGAAGUUCCCAGAGGCAGCAUAAUGAGUCAGCAACAAAGUCAAAUCAUCGAAAUUCAUCCUCAUCUUACUCCCAGUUCAGCCAUCCAUAUCUCAGGCCAGGUCAUAGGCAGCAGUGACAUCCUUGUCCAAGAGCAGUAUGCAAACGACUUAGAACCUCCGUCACCAGAUGAUCAGCCCCUUAGCCCAGCCAGCCUUCGAGAGCAGCAGUCCACACUGAGCGAGCUUCUCUUUUCCAGCAGUAGAAAGGCCGGGGUCGACCCGUACGCAUGCGCCGACUGUGGUAAACGCUACAGCACUUCCAGCAACCUAGCCAGGCAUCGUCAGACUCACAGGAGCGUUUGCGACAAGAAAGCCCGCAAGUGUCCCCACUGUGAAAAAGUCUACGUUUCGAUGCCGGCCUACAGUAUGCACGUGCGCACCCACAACCAGGGCUGCGAAUGCCCGCACUGUGGGAAAAAAUUCAGUCGGCCUUGGCUGCUUCAAGGUCAUAUCCGCACGCACACGGGAGAGAAGCCGUUUGGAUGCCAUCAGUGCGGCAAGUCUUUUGCUGACAAGUCCAACCUCAGGGCGCACAUUCAGACGCACUCAACGGACAAGCCUUACGUCUGCGGAAGAUGCGGGAAAGCGUUUGCGCUCAAAAGCUAUUUAUACAAGCACGAGGAGUCGUCAUGCAUGAGAGGUCAAAGAUUCCGAAACUAACCAAUCAAAUUGUUACAAGGCUACGACAGAUUUGUGUGUGUGUUAAAAUGGCAUUCGAUAAUUUAAAA